AAUGUUUGCAAGAAAAUCGGAUGAUUUUGUCAAACAUUGACCACUUGUUUCGUGUGAAACGUUGUAAAGUGAGUGAUUCAUUCAAAAGAUUGACCAUAACAUUAGCUGAUAAAUCAGUAUUAAGAACGCGUUAUCUUAUUCAAAGUUGAAGAUUUUUAUCUUGGAACGCUUGGAGUACUUUACAUUUCUGUCCGAAGUGAAUUUACCAAGAUGCCACAUUGGAAUAAUGAAAACGGUAUGCAGAGGGACAGCAAGCUUGAACUUACGUCUGUAGAACUAAGUUUUGAAAAGAAAGGAUGGUUUGGGAGGCGAUCGGUGAUGGAGAAGGUGAUGCUUCUUCUCUUGUUCUGUCUAGUGGUGACGGUCAUAGUUCUAGCAGUGGUACUAGCUGUCAAUCAAGCCCAGGAUGACGAUAAACAAGAUGUCUGCCUAACCAGGGAUUGCACGGAGUCAGCCGCUAGGAUGUUAAACAACCUUGACACCACUGUGGAACCGUGUGAAAACUUUUUCGAUUUCGCGUGUGGGACAUGGAGAAAACAGAACAUCAUCCCUGAAGACCGCUCAAGUCAAGAUGUAUUUGGAAUAUUACGAGAUGAAGUAGAGGUUGUCCUUAAAAAUCUCCUAGAGGCCCCCAUCACAAAUGAUGACAUAACGGUUGAGAAAACCAUAAAAAACAUGUACAAGUCCUGCAUGGAUCAAGAUCUCAUUAAACAACGAAACAUUUCGGUAGCAUUCCCUUUGUUAAACGACCUCGGAGGUUGGCCGGUACUGGGUUCGAAACCAGGCGGUAACUGGAAUGAAAGCGAUUACGACUUGACUCGGUUGCUGAUUGGCCUCAUCAAGUACAAUAACAAACCGCUUAUACAGAUGUAUGUUUAUACAGACGUGAAGAAUUCCACAGUCAGGAUUAUUUAUAUCGACCAACCCGGUUUUGGCAUGCCUGGCCAGAAAUACUAUCAAAAGGGUCGUGAUGACGUCAUGGUGCAAGCGUAUGAAGAGCUGGCUAAAUCUGUCGCCCUAGCAUUUGGUGCUUCCGAAGAUACGGCAACAAACGAUGUGAAAGACUUGAUUGAUUUGGAAUUUGACAUCGCGAAUAUCUCCAUGGCUUCCGAGGAGAGGCGAGAUAGUAACGUCCUUUAUAACCGUAUGCCAUUGUCUCAACUUUCAGAAAAUUUCACGGAACCGGGAGAUGUGAUGUUUAGCUGGGAAGAUUAUAUUACUGGGAUUAUGCUAAUGGAAGGCGUUAACAUCACUGUGAAUGCCAGUGAACCAGUGGUUGUUCGGGCAGUACCUUACUUUGAAAAAUUAUUCGGCAUCCUACAGAAACACGGAAAGAGAACUGUUGCUAACUACGCCGUUUGGAGAAUAAUGAAGAAUAGAAUAUAUAACUUGGACGAAACGUAUGAGGAACUGAUCACCAAAUAUAACAAGGUGCUAUACGGAACCGCUGUCCCGCGUGCAAGAUGGCGCACGUGUUCCUCUUACAUCAAUUCUAACCUUGGCAUGGCUUUAGGUAGACUGUUUGUAAAGGAGGCCUUUGACGAGGAGUCCAAGAAAGAUACAGAAGAACUGAUUAGACGACUCAAAAUAGCCUUCAACGAGCUGGUGGGCAGUAAUGAUUGGAUGGACGACGUUACUAGGGAUCUAGCUAGGGAGAAGGCAAAUUAUAUUAAACAAAAAAUUGGAUACCAGGAUAUUAUACUCAACGACAAGGAAAUCAACAAAUUAUAUUCUAACUACACAGUACAGGCAGGCGAAUACUUUGAAAACGUGCUCGGGAUCAUCAACAGAAUUUCUAUCGAUAGCGUGAGAUUGUUGCGCACGGCUGUUGACAAGACCUGGUGGACGACAGCUCCGGCCACUGUGAACGCUUAUUAUAACUCAGUCCUAAACAGAAUAAUGUUUCCAGCUGGGAUCCUGCAGCCGCCAUUUUACGGAAAAUCGCAACCAAAGUCUAUGAAUUACGGUGGUAUAGGAGUCGUUAUCGGGCACGAGAUUACACACGGCUUCGAUGACAGAGGGCGACAGUACGACAAGGAUGGCAACCUCGAACAAUGGUGGUCAGAUGAAGCCAUCACACAGUUCAAGGUCAAAGCUCAGUGUAUCGUGGACCAGUAUGGAAACUUUUCACUUCCAGAAGCGGACGGAAUGAAUCUGAAUGGCAUCAAUACCCAAGGAGAGAAUAUUGCUGACAAUGGCGGUCUUAAACAGAGCUACAGAGCUUACAGAGACUGGGUCAGUGAGAGAGGAAAAGAAGAAUCACUUCUACCUGGCGUCAGUUACAACCAUAACCAGAUUUUCUUCAUUAACUUUGCACAGAUCUGGUGCUCUAACAUGCGCAGAGAAAACGCAAUCAACAGAAUCCUCGCCGGCGUACACAGUCCUGGGCGCUUUAGGGUCGUAGGAACGUUGCAAAAUUCUCCCGAGUUUGCUGCAGCGUUCAAUUGCCCUAAAGGCAGUUACAUGAAUCCAAACAAGAAGUGUGGUGUGUGGUGAUCAGUGUCUGUACGAAGAUGAUGCGGAAAAAUUCGUGCUGAUAAACACAAAAUAGGCAGUGCUCUUUUGAAAAAUGAUUGAAAAUGAGGUAUAAGUAUGAAGU